AUGCGAUCGACCGAUCAGGAACUCACUAUUCAAUUCCUCGAGAAAAAUGUCAAGCUGAAGACCGCGAACAAUCUCCGAAACAAUGAGAGCAUAUUCAGAGUCAGACUUAGCACGCUUACUAUCCACGCUCAGCUAGAGCACAAGAUUGAUGCAACUAGGGAAGCUUCUUCAGAACUCUCAACAUGCAUGGAGAAUCUAGACGUCAAAACUUCCAUCAACACCAAGAAUGUCUCGGACUUGGGUUUUAAGGUGGACGAGAUGUACCAAGACAUUCUAGGAAAUAUCACCUCCACCGGAAAAGAAAUCAACACAUUGGAUAAGUACAAGAAUGAGUUGAAAGUAUCCCUCACGAAACUCACCAAGGAUAUCAAGGAGUUCACCGAUCAAGCUACUAAGCCAACUAUCGGAGAAACUCAAAGGAGAAAUAAGAAAGCCAUGAAAACCAUUAAUGAAGGAACUCUCGAUAAUUUUGAGAAAUUGGUUAGGAGAAUUCCUCCAAAUGUAGAUUUCAAUGAUGCAUGGGACACUUACCCCUUGGAGGACUUUUUCUACCCAACCGAUGAGUCCAGGACUGGAAUCGAAAUGACAUUUCUCAAAAUAAGGCGGACAACUAAGCCAUCCAUGAUGAAGAUUGCCAAGGAAGAUGAUCCAGGGAAGUUUUUCAUCUCUUUUACAAUCAAAGAUCUAACUUCGAAAAUGCAGUAUUUGAUACAGAACCUUGUAUGA